CGAGAGAGGGGGAGAGCGAGAGCGCAAUCGGUCGGAAAUCACUUCACUCUCACAUAGGCUAUCCACAGUAUACACGCGCGCGGUGAGCUGCGGCAACAGCGCGAGCCCCGGCGUCCUCAGUAACACUGAAUGGUGAACUGAUGAUGAGAGCAGGCGCAUUGGACACUACCGGACGUAGCCUUGGACGAUUUUUUCUGUUUUCACAUUUAUGCACAGACAGUUGUUGACUGAAGGUUGAAGUUUUGGAGGAUGUUGUCGCUUGGAAUUGGAGGUUUCGGGAUGCUGUGAGCCCGGGUCCGGAGUAGCGCUGGUUCGGGGUUUCCUUCCGUGCGCAAAGAGAGGACACUUCUCUCUGAUGUGCGUAACCAGCAUCAGCCAAGUUGCGCGCUCUUAUUUUCUGACGUGACACUUUUUACAGUUCUAGCGGACCCUUUGUGUUAAAAGGAGGAAAUUUAAGGAACACCAAGAGAGCUGACAACAGGAAAAGGGUGCUGUUUUUGUAUCGACAGGAUUGCGGUGGUGCUGAAUUUUGGAUAUCCAAAGCGCUUGAUUUGCGGCGUGCAAAAGGAACGCGGCUUUCGGUCCGACUCCAUCGGUCAAGACUACAACUGUGAGGAGUUACUAUCUGUUAAGCUACAGACUGAUGAUGUGCCAGAGUGCCAAUGCAAUGUGGUCACGGUGGAGUGCCAUGCUAGUGUGGAUUUUCCUUCUCCUCUGUUGCUCUGCAAAUGUAGUCAACACCAUCAUCUACCAGGUGACCGAGGAGCAGCCACCCAACACGCUAAUUGGCAGCUUGGCUUCUGACCAAGGCCUGCCAGACACCGGUCACCUUUACAAACUCGAGGUGGGUGCCCCUUACCUUCGAGUGGAUGGCAAAACGGGGGAUAUCUACACCACGGAGACCCCGAUCGAUCGUGAGACUCUCAAGGACUGUCGCAACCUUUUCGAGGGCGAUCCUUGUUUCCUAGAAUUUGAGGUGUCUAUUACAGACCUGAUGAAAGGCACAGGACCUCGGCUCAUCGAAGGCCGCAUCGAGAUCCUGGAUGAGAACGACAACACUCCACAGUUCUCUUCGCCUGUCUUGACAUUGUCGAUCCCAGAGAACACGCACGUUGGUGCGCUUUUCGCAAUUCCUGUGGCCACCGACAGGGAUUCCGGAAGCAAUGGCAUCGCCGAUUACGCGCUAACGACCGGCCCUGAAGCUGCCAACCUUUUCAGCCUGCAGGUGGCGCAAGACUCAGAUGAGAAAUUGCCACAACUCAUUGUGUUGGGAAACCUAGAUAGAGAGCAACGAGAUUCAUAUGACCUUAACAUAAAAGUGGUCGAUGGUGGCUCCCCACCCCGCCAGAGUAGUGCCCUGCUCAGGAUCACCAUUACAGAUGCCAAUGACAACGUCCCCAAAUUUGAGAAGUCACACUAUGAGGGUGAGCUCCCAGAAAACAGCCCAGUGGGUCAUUCUGUUCUACAAGUGAAAGCCAAUGACUCUGACAUGGGACCCAAUGGAGAGGUGACCUACAGCCUUCACCAGGCACCACCAGUUGUCCAAAGGCUCCUUAGCAUUGACCGCAACACAGGCACCAUUUUUGUCAAAGGCUUGGUGGAUCGUGAAGACAUCAGCAUGCUCAAGUUCUACGUCCAAGCUAAAGACAAUGGCCCCCAGCCGAAGAGCUCCAAAGCGCUUGUGACUAUUACAGUGAAGGACCAGAAUGACAAUGCACCCUCCAUCAGGAUUCGAGGCAUUGGUCUUGUGACGCAUGAAGAUGGUGUUGCUAACAUAUCGGAGGAUAUGCCUGUAGGCACAGCUGUGGCUCUGGUAGAGGUAUCAGAUCGUGAUGAAGGCGAAAAUGCAGUUGUGACCUGUGUGGUCGCAGGGGAUGUCCCAUUCCAGCUGCGUUCAGCUAGCGAAACAGGCAGCGACCGCAAGAGGAAGUACUUCCUCCAGACAACCAUGCUACUGGACUAUGAGCGGAUCAAAGACUACAGGAUUGAAAUUGUGGCAGUGGACUCUGGCAACCCUGCACUAUCCAGCACAAAUUCCCUGAAGGUGCAAGUGACAGACAUGAAUGACAACUCCCCGGUCUUCUCGCCCACUUUGUAUGAGGUAGAAUUUGCUGAGGAGAACCAGCCAGGUGACAAGGUUCUGGAUGUGGUAGCCACAGAUGCCGACAGCGGGACGAAUGCAGAGUUGACAUACAGUAUCACUGGUGGAUCAAUCCCUGAGGGGCUCUUUGAAAUUAACCCUAACACAGGUGAAGUGCGUGUCAUGAGCCAGUUGGACCGUGAACAAGUAGAUCACUAUCAAUUUCUAGUCGCAGCAGCUGAUAAAGGUGUACCAAGCUUGAGAGGAACUGCCACUGUUGUUGUUAAGGUGCUCGACAGGAACGACAAUGACCCUAAAUUUAUGCUCAAUGGUUACAGCUUCUCUGUCCAAGAAAACAUGCCGCCCCUUAGUCCUGUUGGAAUGGUAACAGUCACCGAUUACGACAAAGGCGACAAUGCUCAUGUUCAACUCUCUGUAGAACCAGACAAUGGCAAGUUUAUGAUUCAAAAUGGAACGUACACCAUCCUUUCGACAAUUUCCUUCGACAGGGAAAAGGAAAGCACCUACAGUUUCCGGCUUAAAGCCGUUGACGGAGGUGAUCCACCACGAUCCUCCUAUGUUGGCAUUACCAUUAAUGUUCUUGAUGAGAAUGACAAUGCUCCAUACGUCACCAAGCCCUCAAACUCUUCAUACAAGUUCUUGGAUCCCCGCACUAGCCCAGAAACCCACGUAGAACGCGUUGAGGCAGAGGACAUGGACAUCGGUUUAAAUUCGGAGCUGGACUUCAGUAUUGUAGGCGGCAACCCACAUGGCUUGUUCCGCAUCUCUUCAGAAGGUGAGAUUACGUUGGCUAGAGAGUUCACACCCAAACACAUUGGUCUCCACCGUCUAGUAGUGAAAGUUAAGGACAAAGGCACGCCGCCACGUCAUACGACUGCACUGGUUCACAUCUAUGUCAAUGAAACCAUCGGCAAUGUCUCCCACGUCGAAGGACUUGUUGGACACAGUCUUUACACGCCACUUGAAAUGGACAUUGCAGGAGAUCCUGAUUAUUCUCGAGACGGGCAAAGUAACAUUAUCUUUGCAGUCUUGGGUGGUUUUUGUGUGGUUGUUUUAAUCAUUGCAGUGGCUAUGAUCAUCAGGCACGUCGUGCUGAAGGAGAAUAAAAGUGGCUACCAGGCAGGCAAGAAGGAGACCAAAGACCUCUAUGCUCCCAAACCAGGACCUAAGAGCAACAAGAACAAGAAGGCAAAGAAAAGCAAAGCUCCAAAGCCUGCCAACCCAUCUGAGGAGGAUGAGGGGGGCAGUCUUCAGAAAGGCCUAAAGUUCAACCUCAUGAAUGAUAGCGUCACCGAUAGCCCUAGGAUUCACCUGCCGCUCAACUACCCCCCUGGGAGCCCAGACCUGGGGCGACACUAUCGGUCUAAUUCUCCUCUGCCGUCCAUUCAGCUCCAACCUCAGUCACCUUCUGCCUCAAAGAAACACCAGGCAGUGCAGGACCUGCCGGCCACCAACACCUUUGUAGGAACCGGGGACAACAACUCAACAGGCUCAGACCAGUAUUCGGAUUACAGCUACAAGGCCAACUCUUCUAAAUAUAGCACCAAACAGCUCCCGCAUCGCCGAGUGACCUUCUCCACAGCCAAUCAGGCGCAAGAUCUGCAGGAUCCCUCUCAGCACAGUUACUACGACAGCGGUCUGGAAGAGUCAGAGACACCCAGCAGUAAGAGUUCCUCAGGGCCCCGUAUCGGGCCCCUCGCCCUACCUGAAGACCACUAUGAACGCACCACCCCGGACGGCAGCAUCGGAGAGAUGGAACACCCCGAGAACGAUCUGAGGCCUCUACCUGACGUGGCCAUGACGGGAAAAUGCACACGUGAGUGUACAGAAUACGGCCACUCGGAUUCCUGCUGGAUGCCCGGACAGCCCUCACCCAACCGCACCAAGAGUGCCAAGAGUGGGCCCAAGCUCUCCACCUUCGUGCCUUACCAGGAGAGGGAGGGUCAGGAGCGCCUGAUGGCUGACAGCAGCUCGAAGCCUCACGGAGAAGAGCGGAGCGGAGGCGGGAACAACAAAGUGGCCAGCAUUCGCUUUUUGCCUCCCUACACUAGUGCCUAUUCUACAGGUGGCGACUCCGGCAAGGACUGCCCCCGGGAGGAGAUCCCCCUGAGUCAGACAGCCGAUUACGCCCCUGCCACUACGCCCUCCAGCCAAGGUUCCAAAAGAGAAAUCUACCUGUGAUUCACCUGUCGUUCGCCUAGGUUAGAUUCCACAUUUGAUCCAAUUUACUUGUGAUCAACAAUGCCUGUGAGAGGAUAAAAGGCCUCGUUGUCAAAACACCUGCUAAUUUUAUUACACCACCAGACCCCGAUUUACUCAGACGUCUCGGCGUGCAUCUCCAAUCCCCUCAGCCAUAAGCCUAAUGGCUGACACAAAACAGCUAGAGACCUUCUUUAAAACCCUCUGGGUUUAUACAAGCCUGCGCAUUGUUAGAGGCUCUGGAAGCCGAAUAGAUAUGAAGAGAAUAAUCAGAAAAAAAAAAAAAAAAAAGAGAGAAAACCCAUUUUGUGAAUAUGAAAUGAAGUACACAAUCCCCAUGUAAACUUCUAAUGAAAGAAUGUAAGGACAAUUUUUAAGUGAACUUUGUGAUAAUUUAACGUCAAGGUUAUAUUCCUAUUUGUUUGCUGAAUUUGUUUGUUUAUUUUUUAGUAUUAUAUAUAUAUAUAUUACUUAUGAACAGACUGUAGUUAUGCUUACCUAAAAACAUAUACACAUCCAAAUAGUACUUUUUGUUUAGUUUUUUUUCUUCUGUGUGUGUUACUCUACUAAGAACUCAAGCCAGAAGAACUGGCAAACCAAAUACUGGCAAUCCAAGAGGAACAUACAUUCUUAACACGUAUACUUUACUGAAAAGAAAACGUUCACCUUUCUUUAAGCACUGAAGGGUAACUGUUUCUUAUAUUUGUCUUUUUUCAUAGGAAACUCUUUUCUUAAUGUACAGUGGUGUAAAUACUACAUGUCUGACGGAACAGUUUUGAUUUAUUAUUUAGCUGUACAGACCCUCGAAGCCACAGCUUCGUUCUGUUGAUGAUAGUAGAAGGGAUGUUGCUCAGAGGAUUUGCCUUUGUGUCAGUAAAAGAAGGACAACAGUUUUGGACCACGGAAUGCUAAAGAUAAUCCACAAUAUGAGCCUCUGCCGUCAAACUACUUGGGACUCGAGUGAACACGGAAUUUGGGGCAAAAUCCGAGGGAAACAAAUGGAUUAAAGCAGGUUUGCAUGAUGCCAUUUGUCAUUUCGGACAAAUUUAACGGGCUUCGUCAGUUCCCAGAGGAAGCUCUCCUAGUGACUUUUCUCGUACUUCUUCUGAAGACUAUCUACAAGUAGCUGAGGCUUUAGGUGAGUUGCCCUCUGGAAGAGCUUUGUUCAACCCAUCCCAUCCGUAGGGAGGAGCAACAACUUUCACAAAAAAACAAAACAAAAAAAACAAACAAAAACAAAACAGAACAAAAAAACAAACUGUCCAUGUGCUGUGCAAUAGCCUACUCGUUUUCGGACGUGUCAAACUCUGUUGUGUAGAUGUGUGGUUUUGUCAGAGAUUUUGGCUCUGCUCUGUGGUGGGUCUGACCCUGUCAAAAUGAACGCUUGCAAGAGGUAGACGGGUUCAAAAAUCGUGACAGCAGAACAUUUCUCUUGUGUUUGACCGCAUUAAAGUUGUAUUCAACAAAUCCAGUAUAUUCUAAAACAUCUGAGAUUCUGUUUAAAGUGUGCUUUGAACGUAUGACAUAACAGGACUCCUGCAGCGAGCGUAGAAACGUCUAAAUCUCGCUAACCUAUUACCGCAAACGGAGGAAGCGCUAAUAUCCACAACUGAAAGCGAGGUCUUUCAGAACGAGUUUACAGGAAGUUCAUUUAGGGCCGUUAUUAAUAGCAGCUGACGGGAACAGGGAUUGCAUCAGUUGGGAUGCAGGUCAGCAAAAGCUAUAAUGAGUAUUCGAGGCCCGAGCUACACACAAUAAGUGCACUAUAAUUUACACCAUGUCACACCACUUAAAACGACUCUUUGCCUCGCCAUUAACUCUGUAGGUGUUGACUCAACGUUCACAGAGCUCUAUGCUCUGGGUUUAAUGUUUAAUAAAAUCUCCUUUUUUAAAAAAAAAGUGACCCUGAAAGCUGGUGACUCAGGUCAUGGACGUUUGGUGUGACACUUCCUUUUGUGUGUGUAAGUUCGCAGCUAACCCUUAUUUGAACACAAGCAAACCAAAUGCUUCAAAAACUAAAUAAAUAAGACAUAUUUCCAAUUUGACAGGGUCUUUGGAUUCUGCCCUGCGACGCCCCUUUGGACAAACGUUGUCGAGCUUGUCGCAGCCUUUGGGCAGCCCGGAGGAGAUACUAAAAGACCUCAUUCGGUCUAAGUGUUGAUUUGAGAACGCUGAUACUCUCACACUGGUUUGUUUGCUUCAUUGUACACGUUUAACUUCCUGUUCUUUUAAUCAUCCCAGUGACUACUGACCUUAGAGGUGUUUUCUGCAGUGACAAACAGAAGCUGCCCAGGCUGCACGAAGCCCAAACACUGCAUGACAGGUAGACAGUCUCUCGCUCCCACUGGGAAAACCUGGAGUUUAUCCCCGGAGAGCAACUGUCACAGAUACUGAUAGGUCAAAUCACUCGGAGCGCGUGAGUGAACGUGUGCGCGUCUUCGCACACCUGUGUAACUGUGUAGAUACACGGAGGGAUCCGCUCACUGCCUUUAAAGCAAGAAAUGUUCAAGCUCUACACGUUAAUUUUUAAUUUUUGCUAGGAUUUUCAACGGCCAAAUUGUGUUGUGGCAUCUCAUUGAAUAAAACGGCUCUUGCUGUGUGAAACAUUGGACAGUGGUGCAGAGAAUCUGAUGGAAAAUAAAUAACAUGUCUUAUACACUGGGUGGAGGGUGGAAAACAAGCAAGAAAAGCAUUAUAUAAGGGGAAAGACAGUCAAUGUCUUAUCAUCCUGCAGUUGUAGCUGUUAGUUUGUUAGUCAGACAGCAAUAUAUUUUACUUUCAUGUGGGAUCCGGUCUUUUUUAGGUAGUUUUUUAACUCGAGAGACCAGUGUUAAUUGAAGUCUGAAUGAAUCUGUGGCUAAAAAUGCAUUCUUAUGUUUUAAUUUUUUAUUUUUAAAUAUAUAUUUAUGAUUUAGGUCAUUAAGAAAAUUGAAGACACUGUUAUUCUGAGCUUUGAACUACUGUUUUCAUACAGUACCAAACACAAUCUCUCAUUAGUUUUAAGUUUUAUAAUUUAAAGGAGAAGUCCACUUCCAGAACAAAAAUUUACAGAUAAUGUACUCACCCCCUUGUCAUUCAAGAUGUUUGUGUCUUUCUUUCUUCAGUCAUAAAUAAAUUUCCAUAUAAUGGACUGAUAUGGUGCCCAGAGUUUGAACUUCCAAAAUGCAGUUUAAAUGCGGCUUCAAACGAUCCCAAAUGCGGUUGUAAACGAUCCCAGGGCGAGGAAGAAGGGUCUUAUCUAGCGAAACGAUCGGUUAUUUUCAUUAAAAAAAACAAUUUAAAUACUUUUAAAUCUUAAAUGCUCGUCUUGUCUUGCUCUUCCUGAAUUCUGUGUAUUCUGGUUCAAGACAGUUAGGGUAUGUCGAAAAACUCCAAUCAUAUUUUCUCCCUCAACUUAAAAAAAUCAUUUCAAAAUCAUCCUACAUCGCUGCAGAUGGACUGACCCAGUCUUUGCAAAAUGAACAUGCAAAGAAGAUCAAACACCCUUAACAAAAAGGUAAAAACAGCGAUAUAGGAUGAUUUUGAAGUUGAGGGAGAACAUGAGAUGGGAGUUUUUCGACAUACCCUAACAUGAACCAGAAAAAAACUGUUCAGGCAGAGUAAGAUAAGACGAGCAUAUUUUUAAAAUAAAAAUAACCAAUCAUUUCGCUAGAUAAGACCCUUCUUCCUCAGCUGGGAUCGUUUACAACCGCAUUUGGAAUCAGAUUGGAAUUGGAAGUUCAAACUCGGGGCACCAUAGCAGUCGACUAUAUGGAGAAAAAUGCUGAAAUGUUUUCCUCAAAAAACAUAAUUUCUUUACGACUGUAGAAAGAAAGACAUAAACACCUUUAAUGACAAAAGGGUGAGUACAUUAUCUGUAAAUCUUUGUUCUGGAAGUGUACUUCUCCUUUAAGUUACACAAAUUUGUACUGCUUUCAUACUUUUAUUAGCAGUCUUAUAGCAAAAUUGACAAUGGUGAUUUAUUUAUUUUGUUCAUGAUGUCAUUCAUUGCAGCACAGUGAUGAGCAAAUAUUGUAAACAAUCACUUUUUUGUACCUAAAGCACAGAAUCUUGUUUUUCUUUAGGAUUUUGUCUGCUUUGUGAACAGGCCCAAAUGGAAUCUGCAUUCUUGCAUUCAUUUUUGAGGGAAAAAAAUUCUGUGUAAAGGAUUUGAACACGGUGAAACAGGUUAAAUAGAGCUUAAUCGGAAGCUGAAAGCACUAUCAAAUUAGCCAAAUAUUUAAUAAACCAACAUGCAAGGGGUGGAGGAUGUGCAUGGCUUUUUAAAUAAUGGGAGUUCCAGUUGUGUGGAAAUCUGUGGAGCUUUCUGCCGGCGCAGAUUCCGUGUGGGCCUGUUCAUGACUGAUGUUCAAUUUCAUCCUACUGUAAGCUCUAUUUCAUUUGUGCUGAAUCGUGUAUUUGAUUACAUGGAAAUCAAUCAAAUCCAAUGUGACUUAAGAAUCAGUUCUUUGUCUGACACAUGGACUCAUUUUGGAGCAGAGCCACCCGCUGCAUUUGUCCAGGUAUUAGGAGUUAUGAACGAACAUGUCAUCGUGUUGUAAUGUCACCGUGCAUAAUGAGGCCCACCAUGCAUCUCUGCGCAUAAUAGAAGUAGAGAGUAAACAGCAUCAUUCUACCCCUCGAAAAAGAUUAAAAACGAAAUCAGUAAUUUAUUUUGUGAAGCGGUGGCUGAGCGGCUUCAUUACUAUGACUUUGGCUCUGAAAUGAACCGAUAGCGCUUUAGCGGUUUGUGGGCGUCUGCCUUCGUAUGAUUUCGAUAUUAAAAACUCUACACUAAGUAAUUGAAGAACAGCCACCGUUUAAAUAGAUAAUUACAGGAAGUACAAGUUUGUAGCCUAAGUGUUGGUUAUAUUUAUAUCGAAACGCUUGUGAUGCCUUGUUUUCUUUGUACAGUUUUAUGUACAUGCUAAUAAUGUGGCUUUUUAAAAAAGAGAACAAAAAAAGAACGUUGAAAGACAAAUUGAAAUUGUAAAAUAUUUUUCAAAGUAGAAUAUGUUAGAAUGAGAGUGGUUGCGGCACACAGUUAGUGUGCCCGUGUCUAAAACGUCAUCAGUAACCAUUCACUGGCUUCUAGUCUAUUUUAAAGUUUUCCUGUCUCUUUUUAUGAGUCUUAUUUUUUCCUGAGUUUUGUGUUAUUUGCAAAACAGUGGCUUUGAAGAGUUUUAGCCCUUAUUCGUUCCAUUAUGUUCUUAUCAAUAUCCGCAUGUUAAACACGACGAGGAAGAAAAAAGAGAAAAAAAAAAAUGUUGUCUUUUAUUUUUGCUGAGCAAAUCAAAGAAAUACUAUCUUGUAAGUACUCCUUCCUUAUAGCUUUACAAUAAAAUACGUUCUGUAAAACACUGUGUCCUUCAUGAAUUGUUAGUGGCUAUACAGCUUUGAUUAACUUGGUUUCUUUUUAUUUCAU